UGAGAAAGGGAGGUUGGGUUUGUUUCAGCCACAAAAUUAGGUUUUGUGAGUUUGGGAUUUCAUUUGUUAACGAACAAAUUGUGCAAUGUCGUCUUCAUCAAGGGCCAUUACCGAGUUGCAAAGCUCUGGAAUGCUAUCCAGAGAACAGUUGCUUUAUCUAUUUGAUCGAUUUGCUCUCCUCACCUCCCAGCAGGAUGUGAAGAAGAGGAUUGCAGACGCUGUGAAUGACAAACAGGAAGCUGUUGCUAUUACCACUGCAAUUCAGGAAGGGAUAUUUUUAGAGAUGGGGGUUGAUCCAAGUUUUGGCCUUGCGUGCCUGGGGAAGGUGAAUAUGACUUACGAGAAUGAUCAAGACUUAAUGAUUCGCUUUUAUAAAUUUGUUGCAAAGUAAUCUCUCACUCUCAUGCAUCCACUCAGUUAUAAAUUUUUUUGCAUCUC